GCUGGAGAGCGGUUUCCCGGGGAGGCCGGCGUGCUGUGGCUGCUGCACCCGGAUGGGGAGCGAAGCCUUCUCCCACGCGGUCCUCGAAGCAUUAGAGGGCAUUGAAGCCGAAAGAAACCUUUCUUCGUAGCCAACUCACUUAGGGGACAUUGAAACAGACAGAGGUGGCCCAAGAGAAGGGGAAAGAGAUGGAAGAACAGGUCCUAGAAGGACGUGGAGCCAGGAAGACGGCAAGCAAAGGCUUCCGUCCCACCCUAGCUGGGAGCAACAUUGAAUUCUGGGAAAGCCCUGUGCCAGAGGUUCUGCCUAAGGACACCUUGACCUCAGACGCACAUUUCCAACGCUUCCGGCAGUUCCGCUUCCAUGAGGCUGAUGGGCCCCGAGAAGUUUGCAGCCAGCUCCAUCGCCUUUGCAACCACUGGCUGGAGCCGGAGAGGCGCACCAAGAAGCAGGUCCUGGACGUGGUCGUUCUGGAGCGGUUCCUGGCCCUCCUGCCCCCUGAAAUGCAGUGCUGGGUCAGAGGAUGUGGGCCGGAGACCAGUUCCCAGGCGGUGGCCUUGGCUGAAGGUUUCCUCCUGAGUCAGGCAGAGGAGAAGAGGCAGGCAGAGCAGCAGAUGUGGGGCCCAUCGGUGAAGGCAGAAGCUGCAUUCUCUGGGGCAGACGGCGCUUCCUUGGAGCAAGGGCAGGGGGCGCAGGCCCAGGAGGGUGCCCAAGAUGCCCUCUCCUCUGGCAGUGGAGAGAUGCUGUUGAGCUUCUGUCUUUCUGAAGGUGUGGAAACGGCUGCUUUACCUCCAGUCCAGUGCCCCGUUUCCUUUGAGGAGGUGUCUGUCUGCUUCACCCCAGGAGAGUGGGCCCUGCUGAAUCCGGGCCAGAGGACUCUCUACAGGGAAGUCAUGCGGGAGAUCCAUUCGAGCAUCAUCUCUCUGGCACAGGAUGAUCAAAGGAAUGAGGAGGGUGAGAAACUCGAUCAGCAGUUGCCAAAUAGAGUUAAAAGUGAAGACUUGGAAGAAAAGAUCAGGAAUCCAGGCAGACCCAAGAGAAAGAAAGGCAGCCAUACAGUUGAAAAGAGAGAUGGAAGACGACAUAAUGCAUGUUUUCCAAAGCAGAGGAUAAUGAGGGCAAGUACAUCCGUUCAGUGGGUAAAAUAUUUCAAAACCAGAUCACUUCUCUUUCUGCACCAAAGACUACGAAGAGGAGAGAAACCGUUCAAAUGCACAGAGUGUGGAAGGAGAUUCAGUGAGAGAGGGAAUCUUCACAAGCAUCAGAGAAUCCACAAAGGAGAGAGACCUUAUGACUGUUUAGAGAGUGAAAAGAGAUACAGUCAGAGUGGCCAUCUUCAAAAGCAUCAUAGAACCCAAACAGGGGAGAGAUCUUUUGAAUGCUCAGAGUACGGAAAGAGAUUCAGUCAAAGCAGCCAUCUUCAAAGUCAUCAGACAACCCACAUAAGUGAGAGACCUUUUGAAUGCUCAGAGAGUGGAAAGAGAUUCAGUCAAAGCAGCCAUCUUCAAAGUCAUCAGACAACCCACACAAGGGAGAGACCUUUUGAAUGCUCAGAGUGUGGAAAGAGGUUCAGUGAGAGACGGACUCUUCAGACGCAUCAGAGAAUCCACACAGGGGAGCGACCUUUUGAAUGCUCAGAGUGUGGAAAGAGAUUCAAUCGUAGUGCCAAUCUUCAAAGGCAUCAGAGAACCCACACAAGGGAGAGACCUUUUGAAUGCUCAGAGUGUGGAAAGAGAUUCAGUCAGAGUGGCCAUCUUCAAAGGCAUCAGAUAACACACACAGAAGAGAGACCUUUUGAAUGCUCAGAGUGUGGAACAAGUUUCAGUGACAGACAGAAUCUUCAGACGCAUCAGAGAACCCACACAGGGGAGAGACCUUUUGAAUGCUCAGAAUGUGGGAAGAGAUUCAGUCAUAGUAGCAGCCUUAUAAGUCAUCAGAGAACCCACACAGGAGAGAGACCUUUUGAAUGCUCAGAGUGUGGAAAGAGAUUCAAUCGGAGCGGCCAUCUUCAAAGGCAUCAGAGAACUCACACUGGGGAGAGACCUUUUGAAUGCUCAGAGUGUGGAAAGAGGUUCAGUGAGAGACGGACUCUUCAGACGCAUCAGAGAAUCCACACAGGGGAGAGACCUUUUGAAUGCUCAGAGUGUGGAAAGAGAUUCAGUCGUAGUGCCAAUCUUCAAAGGCAUCAGAGAACCCACAUAAGGGAGAGACCUUUUUAAUGCUCAGAGUGUGGAAAGAGAUUCAUUCAGAGUGGCCAUCUUCAAAGGCAUCAGAUAACCCACACAGAUAACCCCUUUUGAAUGCUCAGAGUGUGGAACAAGUUUCAAUGACAGACAGAAUCUUCAGACGCAUCAGAGAACCCACACAGGGGAGAGACCUUUUGAAUGCUCAGAGUGUGGAAAGAGAUUCAGUCAUAGUAGCAGCCAUUUUCAAUGUCAUCAGAGAACCCACACAGAGGAGAGACCUUUUGAAUGCUCAUAGUGUGGGAAGAGAUUCAUUCAGAGUGGCAGCCUUAAAAUCAUCCUCCUCAUCGUCAAUUUUUAUUUAUAUCCCGCACUCUCCGCCAGAGCAAGCUCAGAGCGGCUAACAACACUAUCAAUACAUUAGUUAUACAAGAUAUUUAAAUAAAAACUAAGUAACAAUUUAA